AUGAUACUGAACACCAAAGAAGAUACAACAAGUAAGAGUGUUCAUCAGAGUUCAUUUACUCCAAAAAAUAAACAUAAAAGGAUAGCACAAGUUAUACAUACAUACAUACAGUUAAAGGCUAUUCAAUGUAUCAAUGAAGAUGUUGAAAAGGACGAUAUAAAUGAUGAAAUUCAAGAGGACGACAUAAAUGAUAAAAUUCAAGAGGACGACCUAAAUGAUAAAAUUCAAGAGGACGACGUAGAUGACGAAUUUCAAGAGGACGACAUAGAUCUAGACGAUGAAUUUCAAGAGGAGGAUAUAGAUGGUGAAUUUCAAGAGGACAACGUAGAUGAAGAAUUUAUGGAGGAUGACAUAUCUAACGAAUUUCAAGAGGACGAUCUGGAUGCUUUACUCCUAGAAGACAAACUUGAAUGA